CCAAUAAGGAAGAUAAGGGCUGGGAAGAAUCGUAGGAUGUCAAAUUAUUGAUCAAUGGGAAAACUGGAGGGGAAAUUCGAAGAAAAAUAGAAAUUAUCGGUGUUGAAUUUUUCCUAACGAAAAAAACAUCAUAAUCGUACCUGAAUGACAAACGAAACUAAUUAGUUGUAAAGACGCCACCAACCCGAAAGGUCACAUUUACUGGAAAGGACACGACGGUGCGCAGAUCAUUGCUGGGUAUAAGAGACAGUAAAUUUGACCAAAGAGAAUUAUUCUGUUGAAAUAUUUCAUCGAAAAAUAUCAUUUUUGCGCUCAAAGUGUAAUAUAAAAAUUGUUGCCAAAAUGGGCGACUAUUACAGAAUUUCAAAAAAAUUAUUAAUUAUUGCGAGUAUUGGAAUUAUUUUUUCUUUUUUUCUGACAAAUACUUCAGCUGCUGUUAUCAAAAAUAUACAAAGUAGUGAGAUAACGAAGAAUUGUUCGGACCCAAAUUGUGGAAAAUUUUAUUCAGAACUCACUAAACAAAUUAAUGUAACGCUAGACAAAAAUGUAAAUCCGUGUGACAACAUUCAACAAUUUGUUUGUGGUCACUCUGAACUUCAGAGCUUUUCAGAAAAAUGGGAUGAGCACGAAGAUAUCGUUCACAAACAUUUGGAAAUGUUGAUUCCACGAGUAGAUGAGUUCGUUGACUUCAAACCCUUCAAACUUCUUAUUGAUUUUUACAAAACAUGCAUGAGAUACGAAAAUACUGGACAGCAAUCUUUGGAUCUUCUAAGCGAUAUUAUUAAAAAACUAGGCAACUGGCCUCUUUUGGAAGGAGACAGUUGGAAGGAAUCAGAUUUUGAUUGGAUUGACUUCUCUAUCAAAAGCCAAAACAUUGGAUUUACAUCAUUCAAUUUUUUGGAUGUUAUGAAGUUUAAACAAGACGAUAAAUCACCAAUGAAUUUUCUUUUACUCAUUAUUCCUGGUGGCUUGACAGAUCAACAUUCAACAUUGAAUACUUCAAUUGCUGCUUACAAAAAUUACAUCACAAAAGUGUCUGAAUUACUAGGAAACACUCAGUCAUCUUCGGAAAAAAUUGAUGAAAUCAUUGCGUUCGAACGUAACCUUUCAAAGUUUUACGAUGAUAAGAGAGAAUUUAAAGGACUACUAUUUGAUGAAUUCACCAAAAAAUAUCCAUCAACGAAUUGGAAAAAAUUACUAAAGAAUAUUAGAGUUUAUAGGAAUGAAGUGCCAACAAAUCUUUCUAAUUCAACGAUCUUUGAAAAUUCUCACUUAUCUGAUUUUGUCGAGCUCAUGGAAAAAACUCCAAAACGUGUCCAAGCAAAUUACGGUGUGUGGAAAAUAAUUCAAAGAACGAUUCCUUAUUUGACAGAUGAAUAUCGUAAACUAAAAAGCGAAUACUGUACAAUCCAGAAGUGCGAGAUCGAGAAGCGCGCAAAGUCUUGCGAUCGCAUUAUCAGGCAAUAUUUAUCAUCUGCUACUAGUUUGUUGUACGCUAAAAAUUUUUAUAACAAUGAUAUCGAUACGAUUGCUACAGAGAUGGUAGUAAAUAUAAAAGAGCAAUUUGUGAAUUUGAUAAAUGAAUCAACUUGGAUGAACAAAGAAACUAAAAAUCAGGAAAUUGAAUUACUUAAUGAUAUGACAUUUGUAAUUGGUUACGAAGAAAAAAAAAAUACCGAUGAUGAAUUUGUUAAAUAUUACGAAAAUUUAGAAAUUGACACAAAUAAUUAUUUCAGGACAUUAUUAAAUUUAGAAUUAUUUGGUCGAACAUCUCAUAUCAAUCAGAGUUUGGACGAAAGUCGUCCAUUCGACCCUUUAAAAUCUUAUUCUAACAAUCGUGGACCAGAAAUUUUUGUACCAAUGUCGAUGCUUCAAGAACCAUUUUUCAGUGUUAAUUAUCCAAUGUAUGUAAACUAUGGUUACACUGGUAAAGCAAUUGCGGAUAAAAUAGCUGGAGGAAUUGUUGACAAGGUAGAAAAAAUAACUGGAGGCAAAAAUUUGGAUGCAAUAAAUGAAGAAAAAACUCUAUGCUUCCGGCAACAAAUGGAAAAUUAUACUACUAACAACGUAGAAAAACCGUUGGACGUAUUGUUUCGCCCUUAUAAACAAAUAAGCGAACACAUCGCUUAUGAAGCAACAUAUCGAGCCUACCAACAAUGGAUCACAAAAAACGGAAUUGAACCCUCACUACCCGAAUUACCCUUCUCAAAUAAUGAAAUGUUUUGGAUUAAUUCAAUUCGUAAUUUUUGUAUUUCUUCUCCAAAAGAAUCAAUAGUUAUUGACAAUAAGUAUUCCGUUUUCGACUUUUAUAAAAUGAGAGCUGUAACGAGUGUUCCAGAAUUUUAUAAAGAUUUCAAUUGUCCAAUUGAACAUUCAUUUGUUAAAAAUUACGGACCAUCGUGCACUGUCUUUGAAGCUUAAUCAUAUAUAAUACAAUUUUUUUUCAUAUUCUAAACAAAAUUCAUUAUCAAUUAUUAAUGUAUUAAAUCAACAUUGUAUUAUUUUAAAUCAAUAAUAAACAAAAAAUUUC